AUGGAAGAGGGCCCUUACUGUAUACCGUGUUAUGACAGCCUGUUUGCCAACACAUGCGAUGAGUGUAAAGAGUUGAUUGGCCAUGAUUCAAGGGAACUCUACUACGAGGAUCGUCAUUAUCAUGAGAACUGUUUCCGUUGCUUCCGAUGUGAACGUUCUUUGGCAGAUGAGCCUUUCACGUGUCAAGAUGAGGAACUACUGUGCAAUGAGUGUUACUGCAGCGAAUUCUCCUCCAAAUGCGUCUGUUGUGAAAAGACAGUCAUGCCAGGCUCUCGUAAAUUGGAAUACAAUGGACAGACCUGGCAUGAGCACUGCUUUAUCUGCAAUAGUUGCAAGCAGCCCAUUGGAUCCCGUUCUUUUAUCCCAGAAAACCAGGCCCAUUACUGCAUCCCAUGCUAUGAGAGCAAAUUUGCACCACGAUGCACACAUUGCAAAAAGACUCUAACCAAAGGUGGAGUGACGUACCGGGAUGAGCCAUGGCACAAAGAAUGUUUUGUCUGCACAGGAUGCAAGGCCCAGCUAGCUGGGACACAGUUCACCUCACAGGAUGAAAAGCCAUACUGCAUCAAGUGCUUUGGAAAUCUAUAUGCCAAGAAGUGUUUUGGCUGCACUAAACCUAUCACAGGUUUUGGUGGAGGAAAGUAUGUCUCCUUCGAAGACCGCCACUGGCAUCACAGCUGCUUUAACUGCUCCCGUUGCUCAUGUUCGUUAGUGGGGAAAGGCUUUAUUCCAGACAAUCAUGACAUUCUGUGCCGUGACUGUAAUAGUGACCUUUAG